GCGAUGGAUGACGACAAUUGACGCGAAGAAGAGCGAAAAGCAAACGCAUUUCACUGCGCAUCUGCAUUGUACAUAUAAAGAGAGAGAGAGAGAGAGAGAGAGAGAGAGAGAAACUUAAUCUCUUCGAAAUCGUUUUUGAUCUCCGUCUCUCUGCAAGAAGCACCAGAAUCUUUGUUCUUGUGCUCCAGCAGGGUUUAUACUUUCCAAAGAUGAUUAAUCUUUUCAAAGUGAAGGCAAAGCAGAAAGAGAUCGCAGAAAAUGCUAAUGGGAAGGCCCCUGUCAAGAAGCAAACUGCUGGCGAACUACGUCUCCAUAAAGAUAUUAGUGAGCUUAACUUACCAAAAACUUGUACCAUAUCCUUUCCCAAUGGUAAGGAUGACUUGAUGAACUUUGAGGUGACCAUACGUCCAGACGAAGGAUAUUACUGUGGCGGUACAUUUGUUUUCACUUUUCAAGUGUCCUCCGUCUACCCUCACGAGGCACCAAAAGUCAAGUGUAAAACUAAGGUAUACCAUCCUAAUAUUGACUUGGAAGGAAAUGUUUGCCUCAAUAUUCUAAGAGAAGACUGGAAACCUGUCUUGAACAUUAACACCAUAAUCUAUGGGUUAUUCCAUCUUUUCACGCAACCCAACUAUGAAGAUCCACUCAAUCAUGAUGCAGCUGCGGUGUUGAGGGACAAUCCGAGGAUGUUUGAGUCUAAUGUGAGACGGGCAAUGGCUGGCGGGUAUGUAGGGAACACCUUCUUCCCACGAUGUAUGUAGCUGUUGUCUAUGUCUGCUGAUCAUCAAAUUCAUUGCCGAGGUUUGAGGGUUUAAGCCUUUAAGGGCUGUUAUCUUGAUGUAGUGUUUCCAUUGUCAAGUUGUAUUUUCUGAACAUGAAUUGCCAAGGAUGAAGGCCACAUGAAAGUGUGCCCGAAUUCAAACUUUA